UCUUUCAAGCACAACCAUGAAUGCACGCGACAAAAAGUAUUUAAACCACGGGAAUCAUCGAGUAUGGCGAACGUCGUGCCAUGGGUGCUGUCGAUGUGCCUUCUCGGCGUUCAGGAGUUCGCCAACCAACCUGUAACCAAUGCGCUUUCGCGUCAUCACGAACCAAACGGUCAAAGAAGCGGCGUAUCUUCGGGAAUUCGUUCGUCGUUAAGAAAUUACAAGACCUUGAUAUCGAGUCACGACGAGCUGCCUGGGCACAUAAACUGUCCAGGCCAUAUAGACACACCUGCGACUGACGAAAAUUCAGUGGAUAGAUUGCCCACGACCCCGGAGUACGGCAAUCAUCUUUACGGCUCGACGCCGGACUCGAGCGAUUACUUUUCUCGGUCUCUCGAGAAGGUGAGAGUUCACUCGAGGCCAAACGGAAGUAAUCGAAAUGUAUUUAAGGCGGAUUCCGAUUCGUUGAACCAGCUAGAGUCGCACGGAUUCCAUUACGAUCCUGGUCGAGGACACGUCGAGGACGACUACGUCGGCCCUGCGAUGGAACUAGUAUUCGCCUGGACAACCGUCGACUUUACCUACGACAGCAUCGAGGCGCGAGAUUCCGCCAUCUACGACGGGCACUUUAUCGCGGAGAACAAUUUGCCGCUCGGUAUCGGUAUUUCGAAGGACAAGGUCUUUGUUACGCUCCCGAAGUGGAAGAGUGGCAUUCCGGCGACCUUGGCCACUGUACCGAAAAACUCCAACACGAAGAGUCCAAAGCUGUGGCCUUACCCUGACUGGGGCUGGCAUCAAACAGGGAACUGCGAGGGCCUGACGUCCGUGUUCAGGGUGGAGGUGGACGAGUGCGAUCGGCUGUGGGUCCUGGACUCUGGAAAAGUGGAGGUGGCGAACGGGGGCACGCAAGCGUGUCCACCGGCGAUCUUCGUGUUUGACCUGACGACGGAUAAUCUGAUCAGAAAGUACAUUCUGCCGAGCGAGCAAGUGAAGGAGGACUCGUUGUACACAAACAUCGUGGUGGACAUCAGGAACGAGGAUUGCGAGUCAGCGACGGCCUACGCGUCCGACGUGUUCAGAUAUGGAUUGGUGGUGUACGACUUUCGCAACGAUUCCUCCUUCAGGGUUCAACACCACUUCUUUUUCCCGGAUCCUCUGGCCUCCAACUACGAGCUCCACGGGGUCAAGUUCCAAUGGACCGACGGGAUUUUUGGGUUAGCGCUGAGCCCCGUGGACAUUCGCGACGACAGAACCUUGUUCUUCCAUCCGAUGUCCAGCUUUCGGGAGUUUGCCGUCUCGACGUCCGUGUUUAGAGACAAGAGGAUCGCCGAGGAGAGCUCGGAUCACUUUAUGCCGAUCGGUAGACCGAGGGCCAAGGACUACGGGCACUCUUCUGGAUCCGUGGUGGAUCGAAACGGCGUCAUGUUCUUCAACAUGGCCACCAGAGAUUCCGUCUGGUGCUGGGACACUAGAAAGGAGUACAUACCCCAAAAUCUAGGAGUGAUCGGUACUAGUAAUUUGUCCUUGGUGUUCCCGAACGACAUCAAAGUCGAUCACGAAUACGACCAGAACGUAUGGCUGGUCUCCAAUAGACUGGCCAUGUAUCUUUACGAGAAGAUCGACAAUAGCAAAAUCAAUUACAGGAUCUUUAAGGCGAACGCGAAGGAAGCAGUCAAGGACACUGUCUGCGAUCCUGGCUACGUCGUGCCUGGCUCCGAGCACGGCUACGACGACACUUGUUAA